AUGCCUUCGCCAGAAGAAGCAAGUACAUCGGCUACGCCACCAGAGACCUUCAAAGAAUUGGGCCUCAUAGAUCCCUUGCUGGAAGCUCUGGAUAAGAUUGACUUCAAGAAACCUACCGAGAUUCAGCAACAAGCACUCCCUUAUGCAUUAGAGGGUCGAGAUAUUAUCGGUGUAGCAGAAACAGGAUCAGGAAAAACUGCAGCAUUCGCUCUUCCUAUCUUACAAAAGCUUUGGGACGAGCCAAAAGGCUUGUUUGCGUGCGUUCUUGCACCGACCCGCGAACUUGCGUACCAGAUCGCACAGCAGUUCGAGAGUUUGGGUUCCGCCAUGGGGGUACGGUCCUUGGUUCUCGUCGGAGGAAUGGAUAGGAUGCAACAGGCUGUUGGCCUUGCUAAGCGGCCUCACAUCAUAGUGGCAACCCCUGGUCGUUUGAACGAUCAUCUCCAGAACACGAAGGGGUUCAGCCUAAGAAGCUUAAAAUUCUUGGUUAUGGAUGAAGCAGACCGUCUCCUCGACAUGGAUUUUGGCCCUGAAAUAGAUCAGAUCCUCAAAGUCAUACCCAAGGAGCGUACAACAUAUUUGUUCUCCGCCACCAUGACCACAAAAGUUGCGAAGCUACAGCGAGCCAGUCUAGUAAAUCCUAUACGGGUCGAAGUUUCUUCAAAAUACCAAACCGUGUCCACCUUGCUGCAAUAUUAUCUUCUCGUCCCCUUGGUUCAUAAAGAUGUGCAUCUCAUAUAUCUUGCCAAUCAUCUUGCAUCGAAUUCUAUCAUGAUUUUCACUCGGACGGUGCACGAUGCCCAGCGAUUGUCAAUUAUGUUGCGAUCGCUUGGCUUCCCUGCCGUUCCGUUACAUGGUCAGCUGAGCCAAAGCCAACGCUUAGGCGCUCUGGGUAAGUUCAAGAGCGGAAGUCGCAAGUUGCUCGUAGCGACAGAUGUAGCUAGCCGUGGCCUUGAUCUGCCUUCAGUUGACAUUGUCAUCAACUUUGAUAUUCCAACCCAUUCCAAGGAUUAUAUUCAUCGCGUUGGACGCACUGCGCGAGCAGGUCGAUCUGGAAAAUCGAUUACUAUGGUGACGCAAUACGACGUGGAACUCAUUCAGCGGAUAGAAAAGGUGAUAGACAAGAAAAUGGAACUUUGGCCCACAGACAAGGAAGAAGUGAUGUUGCUGAAAGAACGUGUGGAUGAGGCUGCCCGAUUGGCAAUCAAUGAGCUCAAAGAAGAAGCUAAAACAGGUGGAAAGAAACGCAAGCGUGAGGAUGGCGUUGGAAAGGACGAAAGAGAUCGUGAUGAUGAUGUCGUGGAGGCAGGUGUCCCGAGAAAGAGACAUUCAAAAAAGGGGCGAUAG